AUGGCAUCAGGAAAUGCCACACAGAUGGCAGCCUCUCUCUCCAGCAGCGUCUCCCACGCUUUGGCCUCGCCCAGCAUGAGCGCCCUCUCAAACCAGACAGCCGCCCAAGAGUCCACCAGUUGGCUGGGCUUAUUUGGGCGGCUUAUUCUGUCGCUUCUGAACCUGAUCACCACUGUUUUGUACUGGGUCAUUCGGAUUGUCACGAUUAGCGUGCCCACCAUCCUUUUCACCUUGUUUUCCACAAGCUGGACCGUCACCAUGAAUGCAACCACUCUGAUGUUCAUUCUGGCGGGCAUCGUUUCCGCGGUGAGCUGGGUUGUGCGAUACCGCAUCCUCAACAUGUACUCGCGACUGCCACCAGAGCCCCAACGCAAAGAGCCCGACAUCGACCUGUUCCCGGAUACUCAUGACGAAGGGAUCAAGUCGGGCCUCUCGAGCUAUUUGGAUGAGUUUUUGAGCGCAAUCAAGAUCUUUGGUUAUCUCGAGCGCCCUGUCUUCCAUGAGCUCACCCGGAGCAUGCAGACUCGAAAACUUAUAGCUGGCGAGACCAUCAACCUUGAGGAAGAGAAAGGCUUCUGCAUUGUUGUUGAUGGGCUGGUUCAAAUUUUUGUCAAAUCGGGCUUGGAUCCAAGGGCCAAUGCUGCCGACCAUGGCGAUGGUUACGAUGACGAUGAUAUGAAUCCAGGGCACCAAAGAUAUCAGCUUUUGACAGAGGUGCGAAAUGGUGCGCCCAUGUCGUCAUUGUUUUCCAUUAUGUCGCUCUUCACCGAGGAUGUCAAACUGGAUCACGUUGAUGAGCAAUCGCAUCCAUCAUCCCGGCGCCAUAGCAGAAGGAACCUCAGUUUCCACAAGUCAUUUAGCAUGCAGGGAUCUCCAGACGUUUCUUCCUCAAUGCCUACCAGCCCCAAGCUUGGAUCUGGAACAGGAAGUCAAGGCCCCCCUCCGGAUCACGAGAUGAGGCACCGGACUACACCAGACCCCAACUCGUCGAGAAUUCCGCAUAUGUCCUUGGACGGGGCUACACCCCCAAACCGCCCGAGGUUGUUUCACAAAACAACUUCCGGUUCAGCUCACCCUGAUAUCAUUGCGCGAGCCACAGUCGACACAACUAUUGCCAUCAUCCCAGCAAGCGCCUUCCGUCGAUUGAUUAAAGUCUACCCAAAGGCGACGUCGCACAUUGUUCAUGUUAUUCUUUCCCGCUUCCAAAGAGUAACAUUGUCUCAUGCAUUCAACUACUUGGGUUUGACUGGCGAGGUGUUGCAGACUGAAAAGAACAUGAUUAAGCAUACUGUUUGCCAGCUCCCCAAUGUUCUUCGAGGUGAUGCUCUCUCGAGGCUGAAGGAAAAAUUCAGCCAAGAGCGCGAGAAGAGCAAUGACGAUGAUCGAGCAAAAGGGAUUGCGCUCCACAAUCCAGUAACGCCUCGCCGUCGGCGGUCUAGUAGCGGCGCUCUCCGCAAAGAGGCAAUGCUGCACUCUAUGAACAUGAGUUCUGCAUCUCCUAUGACGGAUAAGCAUAGAUGGGCUGCCCCACCAACCCCAAGGCCUGGUGAUCUGCUGGGUAGCAUCCAAGUAGCCCGGGGGUUCAACAAGAGCUCUUUCUCUGAUCUACGAGGUAGUCCAUUGAUAGACGGCAGUAGAAAAGACGAUGGGAACCCGUUGUCGCAACGCACCUACAACCCAUUCAAUCCUCAAAAGGGCCGUAUCAACAUGGAUCCUCGCGAAUCGCUGGAUGAGGACAACCUGUUUAGAGCAUCGAUAUUAGAGUGCAUGUUCAAGGCUCUUGGCCUACACAACGGCGGCCCUUUUUCUCAUGAAUCCGAGUCUAUAGAGGCAUCACCAAGAUUGGUAGCUAUGGAUACAAAGCGUACCAGGGCACUGUUUUCAAACAAUGCCUUUGGCAUCAUGGGUCCUUUUGAUGGUCCUGGCGACGGUGACUCGGAAUCCGUUACCUCUAGUGGCAUAGCGAUGAACUCACCGCCCAGUCCUCAGAGUUUGUCCCAUGACAUGAAACACGAAGUUGAGAUUGUCUUCUUUCCAAAGGGCUCUGUUCUUGUGGAACAAGGCGAGCGCAAUCCCGGUCUCUACUAUGUUGUCGAUGGAUUUCUUGACAUUGGUACAACGAGCACGAGCGAUCCUCACAAUCUCUUUCCUGCGUCAGAAUCCGAUUUUGUGGGUGUUGAUCAUGAUGAUGAGCCAUCGAUACUGGAAUCGUUCCCAACCCUGGCUCGGACUGAAACUGCCCGCGAGAAGGAUGAGUUUCAGAAACACUCCGGAACACAUCGCAGAAGCGUGGCUUUGGUCAAGCCGGGUGGUUUAGCUGGGUAUAUCGGGAGCGUCUCUUCGUACAGAUCUUUCAUUGAUGUGGUUGCUAAAACUGACGUCUACGUCGGGUUCUUACCUCGUGCUUCUCUGGAACGCAUCGUGGACAAAUAUCCCAUCAUUCUACUCACGAUGGCCAAGAGGUUGACCAAUAUUCUCCCCAGACUGAUCUUGCACAUUGACUUUGCUCUGGAAUGGGUUCAGGUCAACGCAGGGCAAGUCAUAUACCACAACAACGAUGAGAGCGAUGCUAUCUACGUUGUUCUUAACGGUCGACUGCGGCUCGUCGAACAAAAGAAGGGAGGUGUGAUUAGUGCUCGUGCUGAGUUUGGUCAAGGCGAGAGUGUGGGAGAGCUCGAAGUAUUGACGGAAACAGCUCGUGCUGGAACCUUGCAUGCCAUCAGGGACACUGAGCUUGUCAAGUUUCCGAAGACACUCUUCAACAGCUUAGCCCAAGAGCACCCCAAUAUCACGAUUAAGAUAUCCAAAAUCAUCGCUUCUCGUAUGAGGGCAGUUCUUGAGGAUCCUACAAGCUACCAGGGCAUAGAAACUACCGCUGGUGCAAUUGCAAACCAGCGCAAGUCGGCGUUGAAUCUUCGGACCGUUGCCAUUUUGCCUGUCACGGCCGGUGUUCCCGUUGUUGAGUUUGGCAACCGAUUACUGAAUGCACUCGCACAAGUCGGUCCGCCUAAUGGUGCUACAUCCCUCCACCAGACAGCGAUUCUCAAACACCUUGGAAAACAUGCCUUCAACAAGAUGGGAAAGUUGAAACUCUCUCAGUAUCUUGCCGACCUCGAAGAGAAGUUUGGUCUCGUGGUGUAUAUUGCAGGUAAGCAUGAGCUUGUUCAUUUUGCUUUGUGCGAAUUCUUCACCCCACUACCUCGAUUUUAUGAUGAUAAAACCCCUAUGUCCAAAGGCAAAGCCGCUGAUGAUACCAAUGUUAACUCGCCUUGGACUCAAACAUGUAUUUCUCAAGCUGAUAGCAUUCUACUUGUCGGUGUGGCCGAAGGAUCACCUGCCAUUGGGGAGUACGAACGCUUCAUGUUAGGAAUGAAGUCGACAGCCCGAAAGACGCUUGUCCUUCUUCACACGGAGCGUCUAUCUCCACCAGGACUGACAAGAGCCUGGCUUCGAAAUCGGAUGUGGAUCAAUGGGGGGCAUUUCCAUAUUCAAAUGGCGUUUCGAAUGAAUCCUAUCCCAGUUCACCCGCCGUCAAAGAAACUCGGCCAGGCUCUGAAGGAGCGGGUUCAAGUUCUGCAAGCAGAAAUUCAAAAAUACACCUCGACGAAAAAGAUUCAUCAUACCCCUUACUACUCGCCCGAAACCCCGUACAAGGGAGAUUUCCAUCGACUCGCUCGACGUCUGUGUGGCAAGUCUAUUGGUCUUGUUCUAGGCGGAGGCGGAGCACGAGGUAUCAGUCAAAUCGGUAUUAUCAAGGCUCUUGAAGAGGCUGGUAUCCCGAUAGACAUGGUUGGGGGGACAUCCAUCGGUGCCUUUGUAGGUGCUCUCUAUGCACGACAUGCAGAUGUAGUUCCCAUGUUUGGAUUCGCGAAGAGAUUCGCUGGCCGCAUGGCAAGUCUGUGGCGAUUCGCCUUGGACCUGACUUACCCUUCUGCCUCGUACACUACAGGGCAUGAGUUCAACAGAGGUAUUUUCAAAGCUUUUGGAGAUACCCAGAUUGAGGACUUUUGGCUGGAGUACUACUGCAAUACAACGAAUAUCAGCAAAAGCCGAGCUGAGUUCCACACCAGCGGCUACGCAUGGAGGUAUAUCAGAGCUUCCAUGUCUUUGGCUGGAUUACUACCGCCACUGAGUGAUGAGGGUAGCAUGUUACUCGAUGGAGGGUAUGUGGACAAUCUAACAGUGUCUCACAUGAAGGGUCUUGGCGUUGAUAUUAUCUUCGCCAUUGACGUCGGUGCACUGGAUGACAACACGCCUCAGACAUACGGCGAUUCAUUGUCAGGGGUGUGGGCAUUCUUCAACCGGUGGAAUCCUUUCUCGUCGCAUCCAAAUCCACCUACCUUGGCAGAAAUCCAGGCCCGGCUGGCUUAUGUCUCGAGUGUGGAUGCUCUUGAACGCGCCAAGAUCAUGCCAGGAUGCGUGUACAUGCGACCGCCAAUUGAUGAGUAUGGUACACUUGAUUUUGGCAAGUUUGAUGAGAUCUACAAUCUAGGGUAUAAAUAUGGUCAAGAUUUCAUCCAAAAGAUGAGGGAUAAGAAAGCCCUCCCCAUGUUGGAAGAGGCCGAGGCAAAGGAAGCUAUGCGGAGAACUACUGCCCCACGAAGAGCGAGCAUAUAA